GAGGAGGAGAGAGAGAGCAGAGGAAGCAGAGUGGAGAUCUUCACAUGAGAGGAGCUCACGGAGGAGCCUGGACCACAGCACCGGACUGUGCUGUGUCUGCUCCAUUGUCUUGUGAGCCUGAGCCUGGAGGAUGUGGGGCUGUGGAGGCUGUGGAAGGGGCCUGCUGCUGCUGCUAGGCCUGGCCUGCUGUCUCUCUCUGUCUGAGGCCUGCUUCUGUGAGAAAUACCCCUGGGGCCAGUGGUCCUCCUGCUCCAGGACCUGCAACUAUGGCACCCGCACUCGGCACAGGCAGGUGAACAUGUGGGAUGGAUACUACUGGAAGUACAGUUGUCCACAGCGGUGUGUGUUCAGCGAGGCAGGUCCGUGUAACCAGCAGGCCUGUCCCAUCAACUGUGAGCUCAGUGACUACACGGCCUGGUCCGAGUGCUCGCCCUGCGCCAAGAAACAGCUGCGCACGCGCUCAGUCCUGACCCCGGCUCAGUUCGGAGGAGCGCUCUGCAGUGACGUGCUGAUGGAGGAUCGGCCGUGUUAUCCAGCCAAAGAGUGCAAACUGCCAGGACUCAGCUGCAAGGGCCUGUUCAAGUGUGAAAAUGGCCGCUGUAUAAACCAGACCCUGACCUGUAACAGCCAGAACGACUGUGGAGACAACUCUGAUGAGAGGGACUGUAGCUCCACCACCUCUGUGUGCCCACACCAGAACCUUCGCACUGUGCCCGCAGUAGACCUCAUCGCCAAUGGGUGGGAUGUCCUAGGGGACAGAUCUCGAGGCGCUGUCUUGGACAAUAACUUCAUGGGUCCCCAGUGUGAGAUCCGCAGACCUCCAAACACACUGCUGUACCACAGAGUUCCCCACAACCUCAACAGCUUUGAAAUCAAGGCGGACAGGGAGGAGGACUUCUCAGCCAACCCUCAGCCCCUGCGCACAGAGGUCAUCAACUUUAAAUCCUCCCCUUUGUCGAGUAGUAUGUCUGAGCAGAGGGACGGAAGUCCACUCUUCCUCUUCUUCUACUUCGGCCGAGGCUCCAGCUCUGCGAGCAGCUCCAAGAGGUUGGCUUUUGAGUCCUCCAAGAAGAAGAGCUCGCGCUUCUUCCGGGUGCACCAGGUCCUGCCGGUGGCAGACUUCUCUUUGCGUGCAGCCUCAGACCUGGUUUUGGCUCAGCCAUUCUUGCAGUUCCUCCACGCCCUCCCUCUGCAGUACAACUACCCUCUGUACCGGGACAUCUUCGUCCGCUUCGGCACGCACUACCUGGGCUCCGGAGUGGUGGGCGGACACUACGACCUGCUCUACCAGUUUAGUGAGGAGACGCUCAAGGCCUCCGGGGAGUCUGAUGAGACGUUCAAAGGCUGUGUGGGCAGUGAGACCUUCUUCACAGUCAUCCUCUACUCCCAGUACAAGAGUGUGACACGCUGCAAGGAUGAGAGCACCACCGAGAGGAUGACAGGGUCAUACCUCCAGCGCUCAGAGGAGUCCUUCUCGAUGGUGCGUGGGGGCCGGCUCCGUGAGGCCGCUCGUCUGAGCUGGGAGAAGGGUCAGGAGCCUCCCAACAAACAAGUGUACAGAGACUGGGCGCGCUCUGUGCUGGAGCAACCAGAUGUGGUCGAGUACAAGCUGCGGCCCCUGGUGGAGCUGGUGCGGGGCCUCCCCUGUGCGGUCACUAAGCGCAGACACCUGCGGAGGGCGCUGCUGCAGUAUCUGGAUGAGUUUGACCCGUGUAAGUGCUCUCCGUGUCCCAACAACGGGCAAGCUGUGCUGGAGGGCACCCAGUGUCUGUGUGUGUGUCAGACCGGCACCUACGGGGCCAACUGUGAGCUGAGGGCCCCUGACUUCACCUCAGAGGCAGUGGACGGCUCCUGGAGCUGCUGGGGCUCCUGGAGCAGCUGUGGAGCCUCCAUGAGCCGGAAGAGGAGCCGGACGUGUGAUAACCCCGCCCCUCUGAAGGGAGGCAAGCCCUGCCCCGGGCCCAGUCGCCAGGAUGAGCCCUGCUUCAUAUCCAUCUUUGAAAAACAGGAAUCUUGUGAUAAUGAUGAUGACUUCACAGAGGGCUGGAUAGAUGACCUGCCUCCAGGGUUCAAGGGUUGCCUGCGCCCUAAGAGACCCGAGAACGGCUACCUGCGGAAAGCCAAGCAGUAUUAUGAGUUUGGAGAGGACGAGGAGAUGGUCUGCUUCACGGGCUUUGAGCUGGAGGGAUACCAGUACUUCAACUGUCGUCCAGAUGGAUCCUGGGGCCCACUACUGGGACGCUGCAUCAGGCGGAGUUGUGAGCCCCCUGAGGUGCCUGAAGGGGUGCUGUUGUUCCCAGAUAAACAGCAGUACCGUGUGGGGGAGUCUGUGGGCUUUAACUGUGUGGGCCCCGGCCUGAGCCCCCAGCCCCGAACCCGCCACAAGUGCAGCCCCAACCUGAGCUGGGAGCCCGCCCUCCCUCCGGACCUGCGCUGCACGGACGAGGACCCGUAUGUCCCUGAGAGACGCUGUGGUCUCGGACAGAAGCUGCAGGAUGACCAGUGUGUGUGCAGGGAGCGCCAGAGCUGCACGGCGUACGCGGCCAGUGUGUGUGUACUGAACACUGAAGCAGACGUGACCGUGCACAUGUCUCUGUGCUCCUACCACACGGGUCGUUGCCAUGGCGACCCCCUCUUCUACAUCUCAGACAGUGAAUGUGAUGGCCUGGACCAAACCAAACUGGACUGGGCUCGCUUCAGAGCCAAGAUGUCCUCCAAGAGCUCCAUACAUCAGAGCUGUGAACUGGACACAUGCUACGAGUGGGAGAGGUGCACAGCUUCAAAGAAGUGUGAGUGCAAGAAAGCCCGGGAGUGUCCAUCAGAUGCCCUCCCACUCUUCUGCGUCACCAUCACUGUGCUCCAGAUGAGUCGUCCCAUGAGUCUGUGCGCCCUGGCCGCCAUGCGCUGUGCUGGACACCAGCUGGAGGUCAAUGAGGGUCCGUGUCCCUGAGAGCCCCUGUGACUGAGGGCCCCUGUGCCAUUCAAAUUCUUCAACAUGGCAUCUGAGUAUGUAUCUUUAAGGAAGAUGAAGAACUGACUUCUUACAUAAUGUUGUUCCAAAAGUGCACUUUUUUCAUCAUGUUUAAAUGUUUGAACAUUUUAAAUGUGUAAAUAUAUUCACUCUAUUAACUAACAAUGUACUGAACUCAUGUAUUCAAUAAAUGAAUAGGAAAUAUAUCUGAAAUAAUCUGACAGUGGAUUGUGACUUAAAAAUAACCCAGAAUAAUCCUUUUAACUGUCAGGCCUGGUUUCAUUUCUGUGUUCAGUCCUGUCAAAGUGUGAGCACAACAUUACACAGAUAAAUGUCUCCCACAGAGAUUAUGUACAGACUAUGAUGGGGAAAAAACAGCUACUACAGCUCAGAGCAAUCACUCAUUUUUAGUUUGAAAGUUUAAAAGGUCCACCAGGUGUGAAUCAAAUCGCACAAAUAAUCAUGUAGAAGUCACGUGAUUUUGUGCACUUUAAGAAGAAUUCUGUCUUUCUGUCAUAAAUGUAUCUGUUUCUGAAUUUGUUUUUGUGUCAUAGCAUCUUGUUUUGAGUGAGGCCAUGAGUUUUGGCUCAUUUUAUGUUUAAUUUGUCACUAGUCUUUCUUCACUUUAGAUCACACUCACACACUACUGUUGUCUCUGAGAAACUAUUAAACCACAUUUAAACAACA